GAUGCAAUCAGGCAAAGGGGGUAAUGGCGACUGUGUUGUGAGGGUAAAUUUAUCCUUCGGAUCUUCUUAUUUCAAGUUCAUUUUGUUCAGUCUUGAAGACAGGUGUUCCUUUUACAUCAGAUCGUCAACUGGAAGGUUGUGUCGCAUUACUACUUCAGUUUUAUGUAGUUACGAUUGUGGAUGCUAGUUGUCAGGUGUUCUAAUUUGAGUACUGUAAUGAAGUGGAGAAACACUUUUUAAAGAUAUCCAUUAGAGUUUACUUUCACUUCAUUAAAAAUUUCGUCCAUGGUCCAAAGGAUGGCGAAAGACGAAGUGGACGAUUUGUUGCCAGACAAGGAUGCUGCCAAGGAGUUUUAUGCAAGAUAUGAACCUAAAGAGAUCCUUGGAAGGGGUAUAAGCUCCACAGUACGUCGUUGUAUUGAAAAAGAAACAGGCAUAGAAUUCGCAGCUAAGAUUAUUGACUUGAGUAACGAUUCACAUGAUGGUGGUGGUGAUGGGAAAACAAUGCUUGAAGCAACUAUAGAAGAAGUCAAGAUUCUUCGAUUAGUUGCUGGACACCCCUAUAUAAUUGAAAUGCACGAUGUCUUUGAGUCCAGUACAUUCAUAUUCCUUGUAUUUGAGCUCUGUAAGAAUGGAGAAUUGUUUGACUACCUGACUACUGUUGUUACACUAUCAGAAAAGAAAACUAGAUACAUAAUGAGACAACUCUUUGAAGCUUUGAAAUAUGUCCAUAGUAAAAACAUUGUUCAUCGAGAUCUGAAACCUGAAAACAUCCUGUUGGAUGACAAUUUAAACAUUAAACUGACAGACUUUGGGUUUGCUCGGGUAUUGCAACCUGGGAUGAAGUUGACAGAACUUUGUGGCACCCCUGGAUAUAUUUCACCUGAAAUGAUAAAUACAGCUAUGUAUGAGAACCAAGACGACGCAGAAGGUUAUGACUUAGCUAUUGAUCUGUGGGCCUGUGGUGUGAUCAUGUACACAUUACUUGUUGGGUGUCCACCAUUCUGGCACAGGAAGCAAAUGGUCAUGCUGAGGAAUAUUAUGGAAGGAAAAUAUUCCUUCACAUCACCUGAAUGGGCUGAUAUAUCAGAGCCCCCAAAGGACCUGAUAAGGAAACUCCUUGUUGUCGAUCCAAAGAAAAGGAUUUCUAUUGAUGAAGCUCUGGAGCAUCCAUUCUUCCAUGUCAUGUUGUGGGACCAGGACAUCGCACCACUCAAACGCAGUCUCUCCACUUCCUCGCGCCGUCUUAGUCGCAUCUCCGAGAUGGCUUUGGCCUUGAAAGCAAGUGCUUUUAAUGCAAGAAAGAAAUUCCAAUUUGUCAUCUUGGUGGUUCGUGCUGCUAUCCGCAUCAAACGACUGCGUUUCACUCCAGAGCCACUUUCUAUUGGAGUCGCAAGAGUGGACCCCUAUCGCAUUAAAAUUCUCAGAAAGGUCAUUGAUGGCUGUGCAUUCCGUGUGUAUGGUCAUUGGGUCAAGAAGGGCGAAGGUCAAAACAGAGCAGCUCUUUUUGAAAAUACACCAAAGACUGAGUUGAAGCACAUGUAUGUAAGUCAUCUUAGUCGAUAAGGGCUUCAAAAUAUGGUGCAGUUAUUUGCCAACUUGAUUCUUAGUACAGUGGUUAGUCUAGAAUUAUGACUGUGUUGGUAUUGCAUCAACUGUGAUCAAGGGCAGGAUUUUUAUUCCAGCCAAAUAUUGGAUUAUUACUUGUGCUGUUCCACAUGUUCUCUUAAACCUCUCCAUACAUAUGUAUACUAAAAACAUUUUGGUCUUUCCCUUUAGUGUUCUUAACAACACGUGCAAAUUUACUAUUUUAACAGAAGCUUUUGAUUGACUGCUCAAUCUCAGUUUAUCUUAAAGCUGCCUCUAUAUAUUUUUGACUCAUUCAUUAACAUGAAAUUUUGUGUUGCUUGCAAACCAGAGCCACAGUUUUUUUGCUAUUGUCCUUUAAAUUUUGAGUGCAACUUUGUGAUACAGAAGCCAGCUGUGACCUCACAAUUAAGGAAGCACAUCUUUGCAGUAUUUGAAGAACCUUUGUCUUUCUGAAAUUGAGGUGCAGGCGAGGAUGUGAAUUCAUGUAAUACCAUACUUCCAAUAUUAUUCUUGUGUGAGUCAGCUCUCUUCCUGUUUUAUUUAAUUAGUUCUUUUUCCCUUAUCAAAAGUAUCAUUUAUGCUGCCAACUGAACUACAGCUUUAUUGUAGAGUCAUUUAAAGACGAAAAUGGUGCUCUCAGCAAGGGUGCAUGCAAAAAAGUGUAACUUGAGGUCCUAUAGGCGAGCCCCAUGUGUGUGCCACAGUUGAUUUGUGCCUUUUCAGACAACUUGUUAUGUGAUAUACAUCCAAAUAUACUUUAUUUGUUUUGAAGGAUAUAGUACAAAGUGGGUGCUGUUGGGUCUGUAUGCUUUGGCCUUUUAGUUGCUCUUGUAAGUUAAUAUCUACUGCUUGUCUAAAGCAUUGAAGUUAUUUAACUUGGAGGUAAUCUUUCCUCAAAAAUUCUUUUCUUAGAAACAGUGUUUACCAUAAGUUGCAGUGGUUCCAAUGUCUUUGUUUACUUAUCAUUAUGUCUCUGCAUAGCUUGAUAUUGCUCCGUUAUAAUCAUUAGCUAUUUAAAUGUUAUGCUACAUUUCAUUGCAUGUUUUGUCGUACUUACAGAAUAACUGCUCCAAUUUAACUUGUAAUUUUUGGUUCUAUCAUUUGGUCUGCAUUAAGGUUCACAGCCUCAAAGGAAUUACAAAAGCAGCCUGCUUGUUUCUAAUCAGUCAAAGAAGAUAUUUAUUUUUGCUUUUUUAAAUGGGGAAAUGUUUAAUUUUUUAUGUGCUCCUUGAUAGCAAGUUAACAAAGAGCAAGAAAGAUGUAUCAACCUCAGAUGAGUUGCAGUACCCUUUUGUAGGUGAUCUGUUCUUUGGUAACUUCUGUUACUCAGUUCCUUUAGUUUGAAUUCCUAGGUUAAUCGUUAAUGGGAGUGAAGUUCUUUCUUUUUAGUAGACAAUUUUAUUUAAGUCAAGAAUUUUCUCUCACCUUGCACAUAGAAGUAUUUUAUAAGGAUUGCUUUACCAUAACUCUCUGAAGUAAGCUUCACUAGUUGCGUUCUGAGAUGGUUAUUUCAUUUAUUUGCAAAUGCUAAAUUCAAUCGGAAUGUCUCUUUUGGGUAGCAUCAAUUCCAUGCUGUUGUUUGAGGAAUUUACCAAUUGGUUAUAAUUUGAGUAAGAGGCCUGGUUGUAUGUUUUGGGAAGAUGCAGGUAGAUGGCUGAUGUGAACAAACCAAUUUUACCAUAAAAUUAUUUUAUUUUUCAGACCAAGUGACCAUUAUGUUUAUUUUGCCCUAUUAUUAUUAUUAUUAUUUAUCUUGGCUUUCUAAGCGAACUCAAUCCUUAGUUACCUUAAAGCAAACUCCUAAUAGACGUUUUUUUAAAAUGUGUUCUUUUUUUAAAAUUUAAAGCAUUUUGGAGAUCUCUGAGACCAAUGGAGGACCAAUAUGUCUACUAUAAUCUGUUAUGUAUUUGAAAUUAGGAGUCUCCAUUCAAGCUUGAAUAUAAUACUUGGAGCAUUUGUCAAAAAUAGAAAACUUUUCCUUAACCAUACUGUUUUGUUCAUGCAAAUUUUCAAACUUGAACACAUCUCAUCAUUCUCUGUUUGUAAUGGUUCUCUCCCGGAAUGUAUGGAUUGUGCUCUGUUUUGUUCCUUCUGAAAGGUGAAUAAAUGUGUUAAGUAUUACAUGAGACCUCACUUUGAGGUGAUGUAAAUAAGAAGAAAAUUUAAUUUUUGUGUUAUAUUUUUGAAAAAUAAAUUUAAAGAUUUAGCCCUCCUAUGUUUGGAGUUCUCUGUAAGUCAAGUAACCAUAUUGUGAUUGUUGAUAUUGUUAAUAAAGAGUGUUUUCAAA